AUGGAUGCCUCGCCGUUCAACAAAUUGCCGGCCGAAUUGCGCAACAACAUCUACGAGUUCGCGCUCACUAUGCCGCGUGACAUUGAGCUCAGAUGCGUCGAUCGCGAGGAAGACCAGUCCAGCGUUCUGCAACUGGGCACAAGCGAUGCACGAGACCAUCUUCGCCUCUUGAGCACGUGCAAGCAAAUUCGACAAGAGGCUCUGCCGCUUUUCUUCUUCUGCAACUGUAUCAAGAUCCAUACCGACCUGUUUUGCACCUUCAACCAGGCACUAAAUGAAGCUGCCAUGCAUAAGGCAUCCAAAGCCUUGAAAGAUUUGCUAGUCUCACUUGCAAGCGGUGCCAAUCACAUCAGAAAGGUGUCGCUGCUUCCUUCCGACUCUUUGUACCCUUACGAUGAGCUAGACGACUUUGUGGUGUCAUAUCUACCGAAGGUCCUGAAGGGCUUCAACCCCCUCUUUCCAAAUGAUCGCACCAUGUUAGGCAUCGAGACGAACAUGGAUUGGACCGGCGCUUUUCAAGACGACGCUGCACUGUUCAGGACCUCGUUAAUCAUCGGCAACAACGACGAAGCGCGCAAGGCGUUGGAUCAAGCCCUCCAAGAUCCUGGCAAGAUCAUCAAGGAAUCGCUGACGAAGGAUCCAUUGUUAUCCGGCAUAUCCAAUGAAGAAAUACAUGGAGACUUGCGUCGAGCUCGGGAGAUGAUAGGUAAGCUGCUCGAUGCGCUCGAGAAGGAGUCUGCUGUGUCAUACUGA